CCACAACAACACCUGAGUGGCGUUGACCUGAGUCUCCAAAGGAGGGGCUCCAGAAGAAGAGGAGGAGGAGGCGAAGGCAGCGGGGUCCCCUUUGGAAAACUUGGCGCCUUAGAGCUCGGAGAAAGAGAGAGAGAGAUCAGGAGAGCUCUCCUCCUCCUUCUCUUCCUCCUCCUGCUCUAUGUCCCGAUGGAGGCGAGUGGAGGGGACGCUGCUCUCCCGGGGCCGGGGCCGGACCCUCGCCCCGUGCCGCCUGCCUUGCGGGCGCUGGGCUCGUUCGUGGGGCGAGCGGGGCUGUGCUUGGCGCCGGUCUACCUGGCGGGCUCCCUGGGGCUGAGCCCCAUCUGGCUCCUCAUGGCGCUGCUCCUCUGGAUGUGGUGGCGGAGGAACCGGAGGGAGAAGCGCUCCCGGCUCUGCGCCGCCUUCGGGCUCCUCGAGGACGAGGCCCAGGCCAUCCGGCAAGGCAUCGCCCGCCAACACAUGCCCGCCUGGGUUCACUUUCCUGAUGUUGAGAGGGUGGAAUGGCUGAACAAGAUUGUUGAACAGUCUUGGCCAUACUUUGGGGCAAUUAUGGAAAAAACAUUCAAGGAAGUCCUCGAACCAAAAAUCAGAGCAAAGCAUAUGCACCUGAGAACAUGUACGUUCACCAAGAUCCACUUUGGAAACAAGUGCCCUAAAAUCAAAGGAGUGAAGGCUUAUACCAAAGAAGUGGAUAGAAGACAAGUGAUGCUGGAUUUGCAGAUAUGUUAUAUUGGAGACUGUGAAGUUCACAUGGAACUGUCUAAGUUUAAAGUAGGAGUGAAGGGCGUCCAGCUGUAUGGAACUCUGCGAGUGAUCCUCGAGCCCUUGUUGACAGAUAUACCUUUUGUAGGAGCUGUAACUUUAUUUUUCAUACAUAAACCUCACUUGGAAAUCAACUGGGCAGGACUCACCAACCUAUUAGAUGCUCCAGGCAUUAGCAUAUUGUCAGACUCUUUAAUACAAGAUUUCAUAGCUUCCCGGUUGGUGUUGCCAAAUAGAAUCACCAUCCCACUGAAGAAAAACAUUAACGUUGAUCAGUUGCGGUUCCCUAUUCCACGUGGAGUAGUAAGAGUGUACCUACUGGAAGCAGAAAAUCUUGUCCAGAAAGACAACUUCCUUGGAGCAAUCCGAGGGAAGUCAGACCCUUAUGCUCUCCUCCGGGUUGGAGUGGUGCAGCUACGAAGCAGGACAAUACAAAGAAACCUGAAUCCCAUUUGGAAUGAAAUGUUUGAGUUUGUUGUUCAUGAACUGCCUGGUCAGGACCUAGAAAUAGAUCUCUAUGAUGAAGACCCUGAUAAAGAUGAUUUUCUGGGCAGCUUGCUCAUAAACCUGACAAAUGUCAUGAAAGACAAAGUUGUUGAUGAGUGGUUCCCCUUAAGCAAGAUAGCAAGUGGACAUGUGCAUCUGAAGCUUGAAUGGUUUUCUUUGGUCACCAGUCAAGAGAAACUUCGUGAGGACAGGAAUGGCCUGGCCACAGCAAUUCUCAUAGUGUAUUUACACAAUGCUUGCAAUCUUCCUAAAAAUCAGUAUGAAUAUUCCAAUGGUGAAUAUGGAGUAAAGAAGUACAGAAAAGACAGAUACCUCAAGAAGGUGGAGAGGGAGCCCUCUUCGUUUGUUCUUCUUACAGUGGGCAACAAGACUCACCGAAGUAAGACUUGCAACUUCACCAAAGAUCCCGUCUGGGGUCAGGCGUUCACGUUCUUUGUCCACAGUGCUGCAUCACAGUCUCUCCAUCUGGAGAUCAAGGAUAAGGACCGUGAGAAUGCCCUGGGCACCCUGGUGCUUUCUCUUAGCCACUUACUGAAGAAACCAGAGAUGACAAUGGCAGAAAACUUUCAGCUGGAUCAUUCUGGUGUGGACAGCUCUAUUGAACUGAAAGUGGUACUGAGAGCUUUGGAUGUGGAGAAACCAGAUCCAGAAGGCACAGAUGGCUUACAGAACGUGCCUAUCCCUGCUACAGAACAAGAUGGAAACCAAGACAAUGCACCGUUGCCUCCACCCCAUCCGCUGCCCCCUGUCCAGCCCCCAGUGCCAAAAGUUGAAGUGCCCAAAGAACCUGAAGAGAACAAAGUCAGGGGUCUGCCUGGAUCCACAGGUGACAGACAGGUGAACAGUGCUAACCUGAAUGUGAAUGAGAAACUGUCUGGGCCUAUUGUAAUAGAAUCAGCUUCUGGAAUUAACCACCAAGCAGAUCCUCGAGGCUUGGACUCCAAAUCCUUGACACUGCCAAAGAAGCCCCCUACCUUGCCAGCAGUGCAGAGACUUCAAAUGGCCCCUAGUGUUGCGUCUCUGGACUCCGUAGGCUCUUCAUCAUUUGAUGUCACUUGCAGCAAUCUGGACCUUAACAAUGGAAGGCUUCCUGCGGGGCAGCGCUUGGGAGAGAUUCACCUCACUAUACGCUACGCCUCCCUCAGACAGUCUCUUGUUGUGUUCAUCAAUGCAUGCAGAAAUUUGACACCCUGUUCGCGGCAAGGUGCACAUCCAUAUGUCCGCAUCUACUUACUGCCAGAUAAAAGAUGGGCAAGCAGAAGGAGAACUACAGUCAAGAAAAGAACACUGAAUCCUCAUUAUGAUGAAAAAUUUGAAUAUUUUGACACUUUGGAGGAAAUUAAGAAACGAGCUUUAGACAUUGCAGUGAAAAACAGAAAGCCAUUCAUUUCACAUGAAAUAAAAGAACUUGGGAAGGUGCUGAUUGACUUGUCAAAGGAAGACUUACUUAAGGGCGUCUCACAAUGGUAUCAGCUGACAAUGAAUGGACAACCUUGCAGCUGAUAUAGAACAUCUGAAGAACAAAGGAAUCAAUUGUACAUAUGUAUAUUUUGUACUUUUAAGACGGCCACCAAAAGACUUUUUAGAUUUUUUAUAUCGAAAUCGCACUGUUAACUUAUUUAAUUAACAUGGGAUUUGAUACUCCCAUGUAGAAUAUUCUGUUGUAACUUCCAAGUGCCUUUCUUACUAUUUCAUCACACUAGAGAAUGAAUCCACUUUAAUUCCGGUUUCUGCCUCCUGGAGAAUUCUGGGGUUUGUAGUUUAGUGAGGGUGGUAAAGGCUCCCUAAACUACAAACCCUGGAAUUCUGUAGGAGGCAGAAACCAGAUUUAAAAUGGAUUCAUUCUCUAGUGUGAUGAGGUCCUUAGUAACAGUCCCAACUCUUGAUCUGUGUUUGGGAACACAACAGAAAUUAUACACCUGGGAAUAAGCUCCCAUGUUUACCACUGUUUGUGUAUUUAUGACAUCUGUGAAGGUCUCCUAUGCAGGAAUUCUGGGCAAGGGCUAGUGCUGCUGGUACACUAGGAAACAGUGCCGAAACACUGUAGUGCCUAAGGUUAGAUAUAUUAAAACUCGUAUUUAAGUUGCAUCAAGUUUUCUCUGUCUAGCCAAGAUCCAGCUUCCUUUCUUCCUGGCUGUGAGUGGAGACAACUGCUACAGGUGAACUUCCACAGCAGUCCUGGACUAUACUUCACUGUUUUAAAGAAUCCUUUUUUUUUUUUUUUGACAAAUACCAUGAGUUAUAGGAGAAGAAUGGUUGGUGGAUACACAGCAUCAGCCAUCCCACCAACUGCUCUUCUGUUUUCAAAUUAAUUGGGGUAUUUUUUAUGUGUCUGGGGUCAUAAGGGAGAUAGAAGGGGCAAACCCAUUGCAAUGUGUGGUGGUUUGAAUGAUUGCAGAGAUUGCAUUACUCCUACUCUUCGUAUGGAGCCUUCUUGAUCACAGGUGCUUUGCGAUUCAGAGUGAAAACACAGUGAAGUACAAGUCUUAUGCUACUUAAACCAGAGAAAAAGAAUAUGCAGUUCUCAAACUUUUAAGUCUAGAUGUAAUUAAUAUUUUUAGAAUGAAUAAAGUGAAUCAUGAAACUUCUGCACGUUCAGGACUUUGGCUUAAGUG